UUCAGGUUCCGCCGUCAUCAUUUCUCGGAGCCGCCGCCGCCCGUCCUCGCCGUCUCAUCCCCCUCCUCCUGCUCCCUCCCUCCAUCCCCUACCUCAUCAGCAGACGUUGGCCAUCACUCCGCGGAGGGCGGGUCGUCGGCGGAGGCGGCGAUGGCGUCCGUGGCCGCGGCGGCGUCGCUCCGCUCGGUGCUGUCGCGCGCGCAGCAGGCGGCUGCGCGGGCGGGGCGCGCGCGGGUCGUCGGCGGAGGCGGAGAUGGCGUCCGUGGCCGCCGCGGCGUCGCUCCGCUCGGUGCUGUCGCGCGCGCAGCAGGUGGCGGCGCGGGCGGGGCGCGCGCCGGGAUCCGUACGCGUGGUGGAGGUGAGCAAGACCAAGCCGGUGCCCGUCAUCCGGGGCGACUACGACGCGGGCCACCGAUGUUUCGGCGAGAACUACGUCCAGGAGCUCAUCGACAAGGCGCCUCAGGCACAAUGGCAGGUGGGAGGUCAGGAUCAGGUACACUUGCGUCAAGAAAAACUUCUACCUGGGCACUUUCGAUCGGCUACUGAAGCAGGGGAUGCACUUCUACUUCCUGCUGUUCCAGGGGGCGCACUUCUACUUUCCUGCUGUUCCAGGGGGAUGCGUUCCUCUUGGUGGGCCUCGAUCUCAUCAGCGAGGACGUCAAAUGAGAUCGUCGAUGGAUGUGGACGAGCCUGUAGCUCGGUUCAGGGAUAGGAUGCUUAGGGGCUGUUUAGUUCUUUACACGUAAACGCAAAAACGCCGUAAACGCAUUAUUUUGCGAAGGAAUUUUGUUAAUUUGAAGUACUAAAUGAAGUUUAUUUACAAA